UCCCCCCUCCCCCGUUGAGUAAAAAUGUCUGCUUUGAGAGACUCGAAAAAUAAAUUUAGUAAAUUAAAAUACUGUUACUAAUCCUAAUUAAUUGUUUAUUACGACAGAACCAGUACCGAUACGGAAACGCGUCGAUAUGUCAUUGCUUCGUAGUUUUUUUUGGAAUGAAAAUGUGUAUCAAGUCUAUUGGGAGGGUUGCGAAAGACUUCCAGCAUAGAAAUUGACACCCGCAACCUUGUACAGAGUGAAUAGAAAGCUUUUGUCGCUAGCACAAUAUAAUGGUUACGAUGGAUCAAAGCACCGAAACAAUAGUUUGCAUGCCUUAAUUUUUUUAUUUAGAUUUUUUAUGAAUCUCUUAGGACAUAAGUGUAGUUGAACAUGUGUGUAUUUUUGAUGGUGUGAGUGACAGUGAUCGCGAUGUCGGACGACGAGGACUCGUCCCCAGACAGGGCCUUGUGCCCCAGUAACAAUGUGCCAGUGUUGGGCAUCAAACGACUCAAGCAAAUUGAGUCGAUGUUUGUAUCCAGACGGAUACAGAGCUCAGGAUCCCGUGCAAUCAGCGUGGAGACCCUAAUAGAUAUGCUGCUUGUGUUGUAUGAUGAGUGCUGCAACAGCAGCUUGCGGAGGGAGAAGGCGAUAGCUGACUUCAUUCAGUUUGUAAAACCGGUGGCGACCGCCUUGAAGCGGUUACGUCUCUCUCGCGAUGACUUUGAGCUCGUCAAAGUGAUUGGUCGAGGCGCUUUCGGCGAAGUGUGCGUCGUUAGGGCCUCUUUCAUGCAGGGCGGCGAUGUGGGAGUGAACAUGAGCGCGGGGGCCGCGGCGACGGGUGGGGAGCGAGUGUACGCAAUGAAGAUACUCAACAAGUGGGAGAUGCUUAAGCGGGCGGAAACGGCGUGUUUUCAAGAGGAGCGCGACGUUUUGGUGUUCGGCGACCGGCGCUGGAUCACCAAUCUCCACUACGCCUUCCAGGACGAACACAAUUUGUACCUGGUCAUGGACUACUACUGCGGAGGAGAUCUCCUCACAUUAUUAUCCAAGUUCGAGGACCGCUUGCCAGAAGAUAUGGCCAAAUUCUACAUAGCGGAGAUGGUGCUCGCUAUACAGAGUGUACACGAACUGAAAUAUGUUCAUCGGGACAUAAAGCCGGAUAAUGUGUUGCUCGACGCUAGCGGUCAUAUCCGGCUGGCCGACUUCGGAUCGUGUCUGCGACUUGGCGAAGACGGGAAGGUACAAAGCAACGUGGCAGUGGGCACACCGGACUACAUUUCCCCGGAGAUUCUCAGGGCCAUGGAGGACGGACAGGGGAGAUAUGGGCCUGAAUGUGAUUGGUGGUCGCUGGGUGUAUGUAUGUAUGAGAUGUUAUUCGGUGAGACUCCAUUCUACGCUGAAUCUCUGGUAGAAACGUAUGGGAAGAUCAUGAAUCACGCGCGAUCGUUUCACUGCCCACCGCCCGACGAACAAGCCGCUCAGGUGUCGGAAGAAGCAAAAGAUCUGAUCCGACGAUUAAUAUGCUCCUCUGAAAAUAGACUGGGGAAGAAUGGACUGCAAGAUUUCAAAGCACAUCCCUGGUUCGCGGGUCUGGACUGGGAAAACCUCCGCGAGAUGCAGGCGCCAUUCGUUCCAGAUGUCUCCAGCCCCACCGACACCUCCAAUUUCGAUGUCGACGACACCGACAUAAGGUUAUCAGAAGCAGUACCUCCGCCUCAAGCAUCGUCAGCAUUUUCAGGUCUUCACUUACCAUUCGUGGGGUUCACUUUUACUGUGGGCAGUCGACUGUCUGACCUCGGGGCCCACACGGCCCCGCUCAGCCCCGCCAAGAAUGCCCCCAGCCAGGCGCCGUCAAACGCCGGCGACCGCGCGGCGCUAAAAGCGUUAGAGCGAGAGAAUGCUCUACUGGCCCACACCAUCGCAGAGCUGAGGGCGGGGGACACACAACACACAAACGAUGAAGAUCUGAUCCAGCUGAAGAAAGAGAACGCAAUACUCUCGAAAAGGAACAACGAAUUGGAAGCGCAGCUGCAGUGUUUGGAACGGAUCACCGGUGGCGAUGACGGUUCAAUACCAGAUCUACAGCCCACGGACCUGAUGGUGCGUUUGAAAGAACUGGAGGGUAUGCUUGCCGCCACGACCAUAGAGAAGGAGGAGCUGUCCAAAGACAGGACGGAUACCAUAGAGAAACUGAGGCUGCAGGAUAAAGAACUGAAAGAUGCUCUAUCGCAACGCAAGCUAGCCAUGACAGAAUAUAAUGAAGUGACCGACAAGUUAUCAGAGUUGAGACAACAGAAACAGAAGCUCUCGCGACAGGUGCGUGACAAAGAGGAAGAGUUAGAAGUAGCCAUGCAGAAGAUAGACGCACUAAGACAAGACAUCAGAAGAGCAGAUAAAGGGAGAAGGGAGUUAGAAGCGAGGUUGGACACCGCUAUAGCUGAAGCUACUAAGGAACGUAAACUCCGCGAGGAAACUUUACGAGCGCAAAGGGUGGAAGGGGGUGUGGUGGGGACCGGUGGUACAGCAGACGUGGCCAGGCUGCAGCAUGAAGUCGAUACUUUGGAGGCGCAGUACAAAGAGUCGUUAGCACAACAACAGGCGAGGUACAACUGUGAGUUGGCAGCCCUGCGGGACCAGCUGCAAGAGAACGAUGCGAUGAGGACUGUGCUCAAUCGGGAGCUACUAUCGUCCAAAGAGAAGCUGGAGAGUCACAGGAUGGAACAGCUGACCGACAGCGAGGACAAACAGAUGCUCAUCAACGAGAAUAGGAAGCUUGCUAAAGACCUCGACGCUAUGGCUGAGAAUGGAAGGAGAUGGCAGUCGGAGCGGAGGCAGUUGGAGAUGGAGUUAGAGGAGUUGCGAGUUAAGAGAGACACCAUGCAGCAUUGGGAGACUCAGAUAGCAGAAAUAAUUCGAUGGGUGGCGGACGAGAAAGACGCACGCGGUUAUCUCCAAGCGCUCGCCACGAAAAUGACGGAAGAACUGGAGUAUUUGAAACUUGCGAGUACUCCUCGAGGUGCUACAGCCGUAUCUCCCGUGUCCGGCCCCAACGCGGCGUCCAACUCGGGCACGGGCGGCUGGCGUAACAGGCGAUCACAGAAACUGGACAAAAUGGAGAUAUUAACGUUACAAUCGUCGCUACACUCGGAGAUACAAGCGAAGCAGCAAGUCGGCGAGGAGUUGACUAGGACUAGAGCGGAGUUGUUGCACAGUCAGAGGGAGUUGUUGGAUACUCGCCAGCGCCUAGACACACUCGCGCACGACAUGAAGCGCAAAGAGCAGCACAUCAGAGAGAUGCAGGCGCGGCUGGACGCGCCGCAUCAGCCGUCCAACUCGUCCAGGCAAGGAUCAGUCAAAUCGUCUACCUACUGGAGCGGCAAAGAAGAGAAUGUCCUGGACGGGCCUCCAUCGCAGAUGAGCUAUCUCGACGAGUUUCUAAAGGAAGCGCCAUCAGAACGCCAUUACGACAAUGUGCCAUCAGUCAACAACGAACAGACGAUGUCGCCGCCGUACCGUUACAGAAACGCGCAGUUUUGUUGCAAUACAAAGUUGAUGUACGGCUCUCAACAAUCUGCUGCAUUGAGCGGUUCUGUGGAGUCACAGGAUGAGCUAGAGCCCAGGGCAGCCUCGCCGGCUUCAAGCAAAAGUUCGCCGAGCGAGAUGUCCACAGAUCCAUCCCUCGGUCCGGCGAUACCAGGCAAGCAGAAACUCCAUCAGUUUCUCGUUAGAACCUUCAGCAGCCCGACAAAAUGUAAUCACUGCACGUCGCUUAUGAUCGGGUUGACCCGACAAGGCGUGGUGUGCGAGACAUGCGGCCUGUGCGUGCACACGCGAUGCUGCGGUCGCGUGGCCGCCAGCUGCCCGCUGCCGCCCGAGCGCGGCCGCCGUCCGCUGGGCAUCGACCCUGCGCGCGGCCAGGGCACCGCCUACGAGGGCUAUGUCAAGGUGCCGAAACCUGGUGGUGUCAAGAAAGGUUGGAUGAGGCAGUUCGUCGUUGUGUGCGACUUCAAGUUGUUCCUCUACGACAUAUCACAAGACAGGAACGCGCUACCUUCGGUGUGCGUCAGCCAAGUUCUGGACAUGCGCGACCCGGAAUUCAGCGUGACGUCAGUCAAAGAGUCUGACGUCAUACACGCAAGCAAAAGAGACAUACCAUGUAUAUUUAGGAUAUCAACAUCACAGCUGGAAGGCGGCAAGCGAUCUCACACACUAAUGUUGGCGGAAUCUGAGUCGGAGAAAACUAAAUGGGUGGUCGCUUUGAGCGAAUUGCACAGGAUACUCAAACGGAAUAAUUUACCUGAUAAGUGUGAGUACAGCGCAGGCGUGAUCGUGGAGGGCUCCGGCGCAGCCGCCGCGGCGGUCAGAGGCGCUGCGUGCGCGUGCGUGGUGGAGAGCUCCCGGCUGUGUGUGGGCGGCGACGCCGGACUCGCGCUCAUUGAUCUAGAGCGCGCUGAAAUCACGCCGAGGAGAGCGCACGCGCCGAUUUCCAAACUGUUGUACGUGCCGCAGGAACAAUUGUUAGUGGUGAUCGCCGGCAGAGGUCGCCACGUGCGCCUCGUUCCGAUCCGAGCGCUCGAGUGCUCGGAGGUGGAGUGCGUCAAGUUGGCGGAGUCCAAGGGGGCGGUGGACAUCGCUGUGGGACAGCUGCAUGAGCAGGCGUACGGGUUUGCUGUCGUCUGUAAGAGACAGAAUACCUAUGUCGUGAACGUGUACGAAAUAACAAGGACAGCAGCGCGUCGGUGUCGGAUAGCGGAACUACGGGCUCCAAGCGCGGUCCACAGUGUGCAGCUAGUUAGGGGGAGACUCGUGUUGGGGUACAGUGGGGGGUUUGCGGCUCAUUGCUUGCCAGACCCGAGAAGACCAGCUUUAGAUCAACCUGCCAGAGCUCUAGUCCACCCAGAGAACCAAGUCAACCUCUUCCUGUCUCACUCGAACGCGAAACCUCUCGCUUGCGCGCCGGUUCCGAACACAACAGACACGCUAUUAGUAUUCAACUCUCUGGCGUUAUACGUGGACCGGAACGGACACCGAGCGAGGGACACGGAACUCAUGUAUACGGCCAGGCCGACUUACCAUGCAAUAAACGACACGCACCUGUUAAUAUUCACGGCGACUCACGUGGACAUUUACGACAUUGAGUCCGGAGAAUGGGUGCAAACAAUCAAUAUACCAAACGCCCGUCCGCUGGACGCGAGCGGCUGGGUGAUGUCGUACGGCGUGACGAACGCCAACAAUGGGUUCCCGUUCUCCGGCGACGUCGCGCCCGCCAUCGUCGGGCUGCGGCCCAGGGUGGGCCAGGGUCCGUUGUCUAUGGAGCAUUUGGCGUCAUGGAGCAGCAACAAACGUAGGUUCUCAAUACGGGAACAAUCGCAUCAGGCCAUAGAGGCACACAAUAGAUUAUCGGAGCGACGCGCGCGCCUCAUCUCGCUGCCCACCAACUUCGCGCACGUGUCGCACCUCGGGCCCGGCGACGGCAUCCGCUCGCAGCGGCUGCUGGAUCUGCCCGUCGCGUCGCCCGCGUCACAGCAAACGUAUAGCAGUCGAGAGAGCAGUAAACGGACGUCGCCGCUCACGAUAUCGCACGGGACCGGCUCAUAUAAUGGGUCGUGGCGCACGCGCAGCCGCGACGCGCGCGAGGAGGCGCCGCCGCCGCGCGCUAUGGAGAGGUCGAUUGGCGGAGGUUCGCAGGGCAGUGGGUCUCUACUGCUAGAGAGGUCCAUAACACCACUCAGUCUCGGCAGCAUGAGUUCCCUGACGCAUGAUGUGCUCAAGGUGGGAACAGAACUAGGCGAGGGUCUACACAGUGAAGACAGCAGUUGUGGAGCUUCGCCGCCGCAUCCGCUGGACCCCUGAUGAAACCAAUUGGACACAUAUUGGACAUUUGACGUGUCCCGUUUCUACGCUUGCUUCUGUUGAUUUGGUCCGCGACUACCACCCGCCUUAUCGCCAACGAUUUAAGAGUGAAAGUCGCGCGGUACGCAUGAUAAUACACAAGUGUUUGGUUCCUACGAAAUUUAUUGCAAUUCUAAUCGAGAACUGUACCUUCCCAAGGAUAAUAACUGAGUGGUAACCGAUGUGACUUUUAGGUCAAUUAGAUGAAUGCAAGUCGAUGUUGAAGGAAAAUUUAAUAUUUCUUCAUAUAACUUUUAAACUUCAACAUUUUUCAAGUGUCUUAGCACUCCAUGAAACUAUAAGUAAGACUGGAGUACACGCAAGAAUUUUUUGAUCCGAAGUACAUGUAUUGCUGUCUCUUUUAUCAGUAGCCCUACCUGUCCUUUUCGCGCACUGAAAGGUAUGAUUAUACGGUGGGUAUACGUUAUACCUAUAUACAAGAAAGUGAUGGCUACCGAUGAACGAGAUAGCAAUAUCUUGUAUCUUCGUAGUCGUACACAAUCUCGUAUUACAUUCCAAGUAGGUGCGAGUUUGCUAUUUACAUCUCACCAUCGAGUCGAUGCGAAGUGAGCAGCAGCAAACCAAUCACAUUGCGCGAUUGUGACGCAACGACAACCGCACCGGAAUGUGAUUGGUUCGCUACGUCUGCGUGAUACGAUGAAUAAAUGUUUUUGAGGCUAAAUUUAUUUCUAUACGAGUAGUAUGAAGCCACUAAAAAUUAAAUAAAUUACAAAAUCUAAAAAGAAUUGUAAAACAUUAAUAUCAUUGUAAGUUGAAUAAAGAAUUUGAAUUUGAACCAACGGGCGGGUUUUCAAUACGUCAUCACAUGUGAGAUAUAUUUUUAUUUUGUACUUAUGUAUUAUAUAAAAAGAGAGAUGAGAUUCGGAAAUUAACAACGAUUAGAUGCUAUUUUGAAAAUAAAUAUAAAUGAGGCUAUUUUUCAUGCUAAAAAAAAUAAAAUGUUAUUUAUUGUAUUCAAGAAAUUUUCCAUCAACAUCGACUGUUUAGAAUAACAAAUAUAUAUAAUAGCUAUAGUUUAUUAACCAAAUGUGUAUUUAUUUCGCUUUAAAUAUUUAGCAUCGGAUACGCGAGCCGCCGCCAUUGUAUUAUAUUAUGUUUGGAAUGUGGCGACCUCUGGUUUUAAGAUUAUGUAAACUACGACUGAAGAGGGGUUUUACCGCAUUUCUUCUCCUUUAGUCCAUUUUCACAACUGUAUGUUUGUUUGGAAUUACUUUAUUAAUAAUAUAGAUGAGACCUCUAUAUAUACGAAAAUAGACCAAUAAAGAUUGGUUAAAUUAACGUAAUUUCUUAGAAAUAAACAAAUGAAUUGUGUACCAUUUACUUUUUGAAUUGUGUUAAAAAUAAAAGUGUUUCCAUUGCAUGGGAAGUUUUCAAUUAAUAUUUUCCACUUAAACGAAUACUUGAGCCUGUAUUCAUGGUUAAAGAAUUAAAUUUCACAAAGAAAACCAUUUUGGCACACAAAGCAUUAUUCAUUUUAUAGAUUAGAUUAUAUAAUAUUAUGUGGUAAAACCUCUAUAUCUACGAAUACUGCCUUGCUAGCGUGAACAUUAAAGUCCUACCUAAACCACUGCCAUAUUAUUAUGAUACUAAUUUUGAAUGGCUUCAGAGUAUUCUGAAAUAUAUUUUGUCAGUCAUACGGUUAAAUUGUUAAUUAAAUAUCUUAAAUGCAUAAUAACUAAAAAUAAGAUAAGUGGAAAAUGAAGAAAAAGACUGUCAAAGCGAAGUGUUUCGACAAAGACCAAAAAUAUGUUGAAAUGUUGUGCUGACAAUAUUGUCCACAGUAAAAUGAGCUUUGACUUGUGCAUAAUAAGGUCCUAAGUCCUUAUUCAAGUAUUUAUUUACAUAGAUAAUUUGAUAUAUGUACUAUUAAGGCUGAAUGUCGGAAGUUUUGUCAAAAGUAAAUAUCAUUGUCUAAUAUCAGUGAAUAAAAUACUUUCUUAAAACAUAAAAAAAAAACAUUUAGGAAUUUAAAGAGAAGUAUUAAGCGUCGUUUCCAAUUUAUAUCUAGAAUUUUUUACUGAAACAAAUUUUCGUUCUUCCCACAGAUUCGCUAGGUAAUAAAUAAAAUAAUUUAAUGUUUGCGCUAGAUGUAGAUAAUUUGCUAACGCGUUACGCUAAAUUAAUCCUACCGAGUGUAAAAUGUAUACGGAAUAUUAACCAAUCUAACUUAUCAGGCUAAUAUUUACAUAGGUAUAUGUGUAUUGUGCACACCAUAUUAGUGUAAUUCUGUCAUUGUGUUUUACGACCAUUUUUCGUACGUUCAAAGCCCCAUUACUCAGUCGUGUUUUGCAACGACGCAGUUUGUUGCAGUUCUGACGUGCUCUGUUGUAUUCUAUAUGUUUUGACAUUGACGUGCGUUGAUGUACGUCGAAACUUCAAUUUCUGUGUCGUCUGUCGACGGACGACAAAAUGACGGAGCGUGACUGAGCAAUAGCAUGUCUCCUAUUAAUAUAUAUUUCAUGUAAAACAUUUUACAAAUUUGUCGAUAUAGUUUGAUUGAUUGAUUUUUAUCUGGCUAGAUAGAUUAUAAACUGACGCAAGUUGUUUAACAGUAAUAUAUAUAUAUAUAUAUAUAUAUAUAUAUAAUUAUUAUGCAAUUGAAUAAGAUGUUAGUUGCGUGUUUAUGACAAAGAAGUUUUUGGUAUGAAAUUUAAUUUAGAUUGGUUUGUGCAACGCAAUUUGACUUUAAUGUAUUUUACAUGAACAGCGUAUUUGACUAUAAAAAUUCAUAGUCAAAACUAAUUAUUUGAAGAUUGAAACCAUUGAAACAGAUCAAUCCAUAAGACAACCAGAUAAAAGAAAUAAUAAAAUAUCUACCAGAUAAAAAAGGUUUCUGUUAUAAGUGUACCACACUCAUAACAGAAACUCAAAAACUAUAUACCUAUAGAGACCAAAUAUUAAGAAGGUAUCAACUUGAGCACAGCUACACUGAAAGGUGUACAGAGGUCAUGUGAAGGGGAGGGGCUUAUUUCGUGUUCCGUUCAUCUGUGAAUAGCGCGACUAGAUGUCGGGGCGGAACCAUGUUGGAACCGUUUACCCCACUCGUCUGCCUCAUCCCCAUGUAGAAAUAACAAGGCAGCGUUUCAACAUUGAGAAAGUUUCAAACAUUAUUUCUAAGUGACAUGGUAAUUUUUUUCCGAUAUUCCCACGUAAUAAGAAAUGUAAUCUAUCGUUCCACGAUAUUUGCCUUAUGGAUUGAUAUCUAAAUGGCACUCAAAUAUUUUGUAUGUAAUUAUAUUAUUUUAACGAUAAGGAUGAUAAGUGUAAUUAUUAUUUUUAACAAUCUAGUCUUUUUGUUUAUAUCAUAGCGAUGUAUUAUUACGUAUAAUUGUAUUCUUCUUUAUUUUAUUAAUUUAGGCGUAAAUUAGUUUCGUGUAUAUGAACAACUGAGAUUUUUAGAUUGUAAUUGAAGUAUUUUAUGUGCAAGUUUGGAAUUAUUUUAUAUAGCAAUAUUUUGUAUUGAUUUAAUCUGGCUUGGAAUGAAGGUUUUGUAUAACUAAUGCGGCGAUUAGUCGUGUACAUGUUUUUUUUUGUAUGAAAUUACCUUCCGACGCCAAAAAAUCUCAAAGAUUUUUUCUAAUAGAUCUAUGCUUGGAUAUCCAAAGAAUAAAAAACAAUUUGAUUGAGACGACAUAAAUGUUUCUUUUAAAUUAGGAUUUAUCAAUGAAAAUAGUACAUUCUGUCUAUAAAGAGUAGAAAAUAAAAUUUCGAGAUUUGUGUUAUUGGAUACUAUCUCAACGAUGUAUUUUAUAACAUAUACAUACAUAUAUAGUAGACUAGCGGCUGGCCCCGGUUUCGCUCGGGUAAAACCACAAUAAAAAGUAGCCUAUGUCAACCCUGUGCCAAAUUUAAUCAAAAUAGGCCGAGUAGUUUUCGAGUUUAUCCAUUAUAAACAAAAAUACAAAGACCCAGGUCAAGCUGAAAUUGAUAACUUUCCAUCUUGACCUGACCGGGGUUCGAACAUGGGACCUCCAGUGUCGCAGUCCAGCGUGGUGACGCAUUAGUUCACGGAGGUCGACACGGAGUAGGAUGAGGGCGCUGUCUCUUGUUGGCUGAUUUGGUAUUGCGAUAGCAAAAAAAAUGUAGUUCGUUAAAAUUUCGUUUUUACUCUUUAUAGAGGUAUUGGCAGAUGCGUGGCUUUCAAUAAUGAAAUAUAGAAAAUGAACACAUUUCGACAAAGCAAUACAAUGAUAUAAUUUACAUACCUAUUCUUAACUUGAAAUCGGAUUUUGAAGUAAUUCAUUUGAAAUGUCGCAUGGAUUCUAGAAUAGACAUUCCCCACAAGAACAACCUUUUGUUUACAACACAAGCAUUUAUAUAAAGUUUACACGAUUUUGUAUCGAGACCAUUUUUAUUUUAAUAAAAUUUAUAAUUUCGUGUUAAAUAUAUUCUUUUUAUGUAUAUUUUAAAUACUUUAUAUGAGCAUAAAUGUACUGAGUUCCUCAAAUUUAUUUAAUUUAAUUUGAAAAAGUAUAUAUUUAUACUUGAAAAAUUGAGACAAUAUACUAAAUUUUCCGAGUCAUACUUUAAUAUAUGAUGUCAAUUGGUAUAGAAACGUGUAUAGAAUAAAAUAUGUCCAAGAAAUUAUUUGUUUUAACGAAAACACCUUAUUGCAUAAUAAUCUUUAUUCUAACAACAUGGAGUUUUUGCAAUUGAGUUGAAAAAUGCUAAAAGUAUAGUAUAUCUGGCUAUAAUCACUAAAGCAAAUAAUUCCUUAGAUGUAACUUUGUAUUCAUAAAAUUAUUUAACCACCGCUUAAUAAGCCUGUUUUAGUUUAAAAAGAGAUAUAAUAAUGAAACGAAACAUAUUUUAACUAAAAUAGGCUUAUAAAGAGGUAAGAUUUUAUGAAUUAUUAAAUUGGCUGAUCUUAAUAAAAUGUAAAAUUGUUGAAUCUAUUCUCCUAGCAUAGGAUUGUAUUGUAUUGUUAAAAAUUGUAAUUUGUAAUCCAACGGUUAUGUCGUAAAGGAUAGACGUAGAUUUUGCUAAAAUUGAUACAUAUAUGAAAGUUUUUGCAUUUUAUAUAUCGAAAAGAUGAUAUCAGCUAAGUACAUUGUAUCUAAUAGUUUACGCUUCUAAUAGUAUUGUUUGUAUAGGUUGAUAUGACUCGUGCAACUAUUGUAUUACGUAUUUUAUAAUAUUUGUGUAUGUGAAUCGCGAUUGAGUGGCGCGAGUCAUUUCAACAUAGACCAACUCUAACUCUAAUUAAUUUUAAACGAUUUUAAAGAGUAGAAAGUAAGAAUUGUUUUCCGUUAGGGCAAGAUGACGUUCAUUGAAAAGUGAGCUUUAAGGCGUUCCCUGUAAGCGUACUUUACAUUGACAACACGAUAGCUGACAGCGAGCUGUCCGCUCAAUUGUUGAUAAUUUAAAGUUUCUCACAAUGUCUGACAAUCAUCAAACAAAAUAUUUGACCAAUAACAAUCGUAUAAAAUUUUAUACAUAUAUUAUUUGGCAAUAUAAAUUUAUAUUGCCAAAUAAUAUAUGUAUAAAAUUUUAUUGUCUACUCUUUUUAGUCGCGUAAUAUAUGAACCUAUCACUUCACUCUUCUAUAAGCCUAUCAUAAAUAAUACAUUAUUAACAAUGAUAUUUAUAAAUUAAAUUAUUUUUAUUUGACAUCUUCAUUAUAUUCAAUUUUCGCUUUUAUUUUCGAACAUGGAACAAGAAAUGUCAUCAAAUAAUACAAAUUAUUUACUUCCAAGAAAGAGUCAAAACCACAUGGCUUAUAGAAAUAAACAUAUUGAAUUUUAUAAUCGAAACAUUACAAUAUUAUACUAAUGAAAAGACAAAUAAAAUGUCAAUAGCGGUCUUUCACUUUUUGUUUUUUGACACUUGAUUAUAUAUUUUAUAUAUAAACAAGGGUAUAUAUUUUAUAUAUUUUUUUACCUGUAAAAAGUACAGGCAUGACAAUAUCUUCCAUUUCGCUCAUACAAGAGAGAAAGACGUAUUAAAUUACAGAAUAGGUAUAUUUUAUCAUAAUAAUGUGACCGGUUUUACAACGUCUAUCUUGCUGCUUUUGUAUGAGACUGACCGGUAAGUUAUUAUGGAAACGGCUGCAAACUAUUUGGUUAUGCUAGCUACAUUGUCUUUAGUUUUCUUGUGCAUUUGAAAGAGAUAGACCAAAAUAUAUUUUUUUAGUUAUUGACAUAGUAUUUGUCUGUUAGUAUAACACGCUUUUAAAGUGUAGGCCAGCCGAAUAGUCGAAAUGGAAAUGUGUUUACAUGGAAUUAGUAGUACUUCGUGCUAAUUCCAUGGUGGAGUAGACGAUGGCCAGUAUGCUAUUUCUCACGCAAGCAGGCAAUAUAUAAGACCUCAAAUCUUCCUUGUAUGUACUACUAAAUAUAUCAUUUGUAUCUAAAUCUAAAUUAUUCACUAAUAUUAUAUUGCAAUUACGCGAAAUCUCAUCUCAUUUUAUGUAAAUACCUAAAUAAAGAAACAUUUGAAUGA